AUGGCGGCGCCUCCCAAGAAGGGGGGCUACCCUUCUCGGCAGCGCCGCUUUGGGCCGGCGCCCCUGGCCUCCUUCGAGGACCUGCCCACUGAUGACCAGGACAGCAGCCCUGAGGCGCGCAGCCCCGACACCCUCGUGCCCUCUGAGGUCUCCACGCCACAGGUGGAAGGGGAUGUUGACUCGUUGGCGACACUGACGCCAUGUGGCUCGGUGCCAACGGCCAACGGGUCUCCCUGUUCGCCCGUGGCACCGCCCCUGCUGGAGGCACCACCGCCGCCUUCCACGGAUUCGCUCACUCCCGAAGAGCCCCAGCGUCGCAAAGGCUCCUGGACUGAGCUGUUCCUGCGCGGUCGCUCGCCGCAGCGCAGCAGUGGUGGGACUAGCCCCGAGCCCUCCAAAGGCUUCUUCUCGUCUUUGCUCAAGCUUGGUGGCCGCAAGUCACCCCGCAGCCCUUCGCCCCACAGCCCGUCACCUGUGCCUACCGCUCCCCGCCUUUCUGUCACCUUGCACGACGAACAGCCGGACGGUGUGCUGGACAGCUUGCCCAAUAACCCAACGCAGAGUGUGCCGGAUAGCAUGCCGAAUAUAGUGCCAGAUAGGGCGCCAGAGAAGAGACCAGACAAGCAGCCAAACAAGCAGCCGGACAAGCAGCCGGACAAACAGCCGGACAGCUUGCCUGACAAGCAGCCACAGGGCAAUCCGAAGAAACGGCAAGACGGGACCAGUAGCAAGAAGCCAGCUUACGUGCCAGGCGAGCCACGUGCGCGGCCACAGGACCUAGAAAUCAACGACCCCUUCGACCGUGCGUGCCUGCUGGAACGAGUGUGCCAGUCGCUGGCUGACAUCCCCAGUGCCAGCCGUCGGGGCAGCCGCGAAUCACCGGAGCCACUUUCGUCGGAGUCGGAGCUCACAUUAGACGCGGUUCUUGCCAAGCAGAGUAGUCAGGAUGAGUUCGAGACCUUGCUUGCUCAGGACUCGGUGGAGUCCGAAGAGUUUCUCUCGGUUGCGUCUGCAGUGGCACCACCGCCACCAUCGCGCAGCCCCGUGCCCACUCGCCAGCAGCGGCUCGAGGUAGUGACCAUCCCGAUCGAGCGCCCGCGGAGCACAACGCCAAUCAACAUAGCACCGAUUGAGGCGUUCCUGCCGGCAGUUUCACCGGAACCCUGCCCUCCGGAUAAGAUCCGGCUUUUUCUGCCCGGGGAGCAGUUCACGGGCCGUGGGCCACGGAGCCCUCGUCGCAGCUCGCUCAAGAGCUGGCUCCACUUUUGCGAGGAAGGUCUGCAGAGCCCCCGUAGCCGCAAGCGCUCCGAGGACAGCCAGGCAGCCGGCUGCUGUGACUGCCCUGGUCCGGAGGCCGCACACUCGGACUGCGCCUGUGACUGCCACCACCAAUCUCCCGGAAGCAGCUCUCUGAGCAGCCCGGAGCAUGCCUCCUAG